GUGAGAGAGAGAGAAUGUCAAUAUCGUACGAUUAUCACAAUGAUUUAUUGUCGGUGUCGUCGUCAGGCUCGUCUUCUGGGCGGCGAUUCUUUCGGCCCACCAGUUUGGGUCGACCGCCGGGGUUGACCAAACCAGCAACGUACUCUGUACCUCCUCCAAUCAACACCACAAGAAGCAGCAGCAGCAGCAGCAACAGCAGCUAUGACUAUCAACAAACACCAAGUGUAGGUGGGCAUAACAACAAAACAGCACCCUUUAAAGAGCUCCAAAAGAUGAUUGCGGAUCUGAAAAAGGAAAACUUUGAUCUCAAAUUAAGGCUGUUCCAUACGAACUGGUUGGAACAGGAGAAUGAACGGUUGGCCUCAGCGUUGGACGACAUGAGCCAUCGUCAAAAACAAUCUGCUGCACGAUCCGUAGGCACACAGACGCUGUUUGUGGACGUGUCCCCGACCACAACGACCUAUUAUACUGCAUUUGAAACAUCACCCGAGGCAUUUGGUUUGACACCGCAUCGUGCCACGCCGCUGUUGUCCUCGGAUCAAGUGGAUAGUAGCGUGGAACGCGUGGCGGAUGCAUUUUCCACGGUGCGCAUCGUCUCCUCUUCUCCCGAUCCCAUCCGUGGCUGGUUGGAGGAAACACAAAAAGUAGAACAGAGUCCUCAACCCAAUGUCAGUCCACUGCUGCUGCUGCAGAAAGAUAGCGUCGAUCAAAGAAGCAUCGCAUCAUUGUAAAGGAAUAAAGAAUAGCUUUCUCUCUCUCUCAACAACAGAAAGAAAGAACCUCUCCCACGUGGUUGGGAUCAGAGCCAUUCCCCCCCCCUUU